GUGAGAAAGAUGAAGACUCUCCAUCUUCUCAUACUUUCUCUCUUUCUUUUCCAGGUGUUGCUGUUUCCUUCUACUCCUCCACAUGCACAUGCUGCACCUCUGGGUGAAUCAACUGUGAAAGUGAUGAAUUUGUGGCCACCGAGACAUCCACGACGGCACCCACCGCCACCACCAACUCCCGGUUAUUCUCCUGAACCGGGUCCAGGAAAAACUAAAGGAUCUCCUCCGACACUUUCUUCCAUUGUUGUAGCAGCUCCUAUCAACCCUUCCAAUCCUUCUUCUGCAUCAGCAUGAUCAAUAUUUACAUAUCUGUGUGUGUGUGAAUCAAUGUUUUAUUCUGUGUAAAUCAUAAAUAAAGACUUAAGUCUUUGCUAUAAUUAAUAUUUGGUGCGGAUAAACCUACUGCAGAGAUUAUGAUCUGGGUUGUAUGCUCAGUCUUCUAAAUUAUCUUUGUGUAUAUGUAUUAAGUAUAAUUGCUUGGAACUUUCUUGAAGUUCAUGAGUGUUCAUUAAUUAAGUUUA